ACCCCUUCUUCUUCUCUUCACCCGCACUCAAAACCCUUAAAUCUCAAGCUUCUUUGGUUUCAACGAAGAACAAGCAAUCGCUCCCGAAAUUAUUUUUCGAAGAUUUAAACAACUUCAAUUCCAAUCUCGGUUUAAAUCAAAUGCAACUGAAACUGUCAAUUGUCAUAACUACAACACGUGAAUCAAGUGAAGUUCAGUAAGAAACUCUUCAACUAUUCUAGAACUUGCAAUGAAUCGUCCUCAGCAGAAAAUCGAUGGCUCUGAACCUUUUAAUAUUCCAAAUUUAAAUAGUUUUCUAUAUGACCUAAACCAAGAAGAAGGGUUUUGCAUUACGCGGAGUCCCAACAAUUUAAGCAUUGGGAAUCCAGUAAAUUGUGUUCGAGAGAUGCAUGAAGCUGAGAGGGCUAGAGCUCAAAAUGCUCCCAUAAUCAAUUUGACGCAGAGUCCCGACAAUUCAAGCAUUGGGAAUCCAGUAAAUUGUGUCCAAGAGAUGCAUGAAGUUGAGAGGGCUACAGCUCAAAAUGCUCCCAUAAUCGAUUUGACGCAGCUCCCAGAUUAUCCACUUAUGACAAGGAAUGUUGUCGAAGAAACAUUUCCGACUCAUACCCACCCUGCAUUGAUCAACAUCAAUAAUGUAAACAUUGGUCCAACCCAUUCCAAUAAUUCACGAAUACCACAGACCUCUACAAGGUUCAUAAGUGAGGAAGGUAAUGCAUACAACAGGUUCUCACCAAGCUUGAUCCAGUGGAAUGGGAUGUUAGGGACAGAUGUACAACAGAUUGGUAAUAAUAUGAUGGCGCUUGGGGCAAACAUGAAUUCUGCGUAUCAAAUCCCUGCCCAGCAAGAACCAAUAACCAGGACUGCUGGUACUAAAUUGGGACCUCAUUCAAGCACAUCCAUUAGCAUGCAUGGGCCACAGAUUCGUAGAAAUGUUUACAUGAAUGGAGUUAACAUGAAUAGCACAGAUCAAAACCAUGGUCAGCAAGAACAAACGGUGGGCAUUGGUGGACCUAAUUUCAUGCCUAGUUUACUCCCAGCUAGGAGCGGACACAGACCACAAUUUGGUAAAAGUAUGCUGAUGGUUGGAGCAAGCAUGAAUUCAGGGUACCAAAACGUUGACCAGGAGCUUAUGUUAAGGACUGGUAUUUCUGACUUCAGCCCUACUUCGACUGGCUCACAAAGUGAUAGGAAUAUGGUGACAUCUGGAGCUAACAAAAAUUUAUCAUAUCAAAAUCAUGAUCAGAAAGAGCAAAGGGCUAGUAACCAGGUCAUGGUUGCAGUUUCUUCUAAUAAUCCUACUUGCCAUCCGACCCUUGAAUUUGGAGAUGAUAAGCUUUCCACAUGCUUGUCAGGUAGAGGAACACCAAGUAAUGAUGUUAUAGCUAAUAAUUCUUCUUACAGCAUCCUUGGGACACAAGGUGAUAGAAAUCAUUUACCUCUUGGAAAAAAAAUUGGUGAUCCAAACCUGCUGAAUAACGCACUAAACCCUACCGGUGGGACUAACAUGUUCUCUCUCAGUACCGUCCAAGCACCAAAAGUUGAUUUGCAGCAUUGUUACCCUAUACAAGGUGGCAGGAUCCCAGGUUCUCGAAUUAAUAGUUCAAGAAAAUUCGUUCCCAUCCAAGCAGGGUUGAUUGCUAAUGAGCAAGCAAGGCCCGCCGUUAUAGGAAGGAUGUCUAGAUCGGCUACAGAGUCCCCCAAUUUUGUUCCAGCCCCAGUAUAUCACACACAUAUGGGUAACAUUCUUAGUAGCAAUUCUAAGGUUUUCCCAUCUCUGGGAAGCACCAGCGGAUCAGGUCAGACUGGCCAACCUGUUGAUAUCAGAUUCUUACAUGCACAACAAGCAACUGGUGGUGCAUUAUGUGUUCCUUUGACAGGGAAACGAAGUCCGGUUGAGGGAAAUAUGUCACAGUCUGUUAAGCUUCCCCGUAGGUCAUCUGCUGCCGGUCUACCGGUUCCAAUGCUAAAUAGGAAAACUGUCACUGCAGAUCCUACAACAAAUAAGAGAGUAACUAAACCAGUUUCUGUAGCAAAUUUAGCUAAACCAGUUCCUGUGGCAAUCGAGAGAGUAGCUAAACCAGUUCCCAUGGCAAUCGAAAAAGUAGCUAAACAGGUUCCUCUACUCAACAAGAAAGCAGUUAACCCCGUUCCUGUCAAACCCAGUGGGAAUGUUAAUCCUGCUUCAGCUAUAACCAAAUCUCCACUCGUUCCAAGGGCUGAACUUGCCAGGCUAUUAUCCUCUUUGCCAUCUCAUGAACAUAUCAGAUGGGAAGAUCCUGACAAGUCUAAUCAUACAAUUGAAGAAAAUUGUGGUAUAUGCAAGAGGAAUCUAGUUUAUGCUGCGAAAGGUGCUUAUGUACAACCUUCUCUUCCUCCAGCCACUGCAGUUCUCCCUUGUGGACAUGCCUACCAUGAUGAGUGCUUGGAGGGAGUUACUCCACUGGAACAGGCGAAAGAACCUCCCUGUAUUUCUUGCUGGAUCUCAGAUUCUGAAAACUGUUAGUUAAUGGUGCCAUACCAUUCUCGUUUCUCUUUACUGCAUAUAUAUAUAGAAGAAAAGUGAACUGGAAAUUAAAGUGACUUUAGCUCGUGGGUAUGAUUCCUUGACUAAUUGUACAGAUGGAAAGUCAGAUUCAGGAAAUUUAUAGGGACCCAUGGGAAAUUUUGUAAGUAAAACAAUUGAUUGAAGGAAACUUGGUGACAUGAUUUAGAAUCUGGUAGUCUCUUUUUGGAUAGGUUCCUACUUUCCUUUCCAUUUUGGGUAAUAAAACUUUAUAUGC